AUGAACAUACACGAAAUAGAUGAAAAAAUUAUUACUCAUGGUAAUUUCAUGAGGCAAGCCUUUUAUUCAAGUAACAUAAAAAUAAAGACUCAUGAUAUCGUACAAGCCAUUGAAGAGGAAGAAGAGAAAGAAAAAGAAAAGAAGAAAAAGAAAAAAACUGAUAAUAAAGAUUUAUUACGACUAAGUGAAAAUAUAAUUUCUAAAAUAAAAAGUGAUGGUAGUGAUAUAAUAAAAAAAGAAGGUUCCAUAUUAGACGUCAAUUCACGUAAUGUUUGUUAUGCUUUAAAAAAUGGGAAAUUUCGUUUAAUAAAUCAGAAUGGUAUAAAUACUACAAGAGUAAAAUUAUUAUAUGAUAAUGAAGUUUUAUAUGUUUGUUUUAAUAAAGAAAAUGGGAAUUAUUUAUUAUUAUUAGAUAAUAAAGGACAUUUAUAUAUUUAUAAAAUUAAUGAAUAUAAAUUAGAUUUAAUCUUAUGCUUAAAUUUCCCUCCUUAUGAAAAAAAAAAUCAAAAUUAUAAUAUUUUAAAAGAUAUAAAAAAUGUUUUAAAAAGUGGAAUUCCAAAAAAAGCUAGCUGGCUACCUAAAAGUGAUAAGUAUUUCCUGACUGGUCAUAAUAAUUGUAUAUAUAUAUGGAACUUAUCUUUAUUAACAAAUACAAUAAUUAUGAAUAAAUUAAAAGAUCAAAUUGAUGUUACUGAUAAGUUAAUAUCAUUAUGUGCUAUUACUUUGUCAUUUGAACAAGUGAUGUAUAAAUAUAAUUAUAUAUUUAAUGAAGAAAAAAAUGAAGUGGAUGGGAAAAAUAACGUGGAAGGAAAAAAUGAAGUGGAUGGAAAAAAUAACGUGGAAGGAAAAAAUAACGUGGAAGGAAAAAAUAACGUGGAAGGAAAAAAUAACGUGGAGGAAAAAUUAAAUAUGGAAGAAGAACAAUUUUGUAAAAGAAGAAUAUUUUUGAAUACAUACAAUUUAAGUUUAAAUGGGAAAUAUUUAUGUGCAUUAAUUAACAAUUAUUAUAUGUUAAUAUGGUGUGUUCAUAGAAAUAAUCAUUUUUUAAAAUUGACGUUGGUUGGUUUAAACAAUUUAAGUGUAGAAUUACAAAAGGUACAUAAAGAAGUGUAUGUAGGAAGUGAAAUAACAGAAGGAAAAAAAGAGGAAGGUGAUAAUAUAAAUGUUAAGGAUAAUAACAAAAAAGAUAAUAUUUUAGAAUAUAAUAAUAAAAAUAAUGAACAUAAUAAUGAGAAUUUAAAAAAUGAUAACUUAUAUAUAAAUUCUGUCCAUAUAAUAAACAAUUUUUUUUCACCUAAUGAAAAUAAUAAUAAUCAAUCAUCGUAUUAUUUAUUAGUAUUCCAUAAAAGUUGUUGUAUAUCUGUUUUUAAUUUUAAAUAUUAUGUGGAUGAAUUUUGUGAUAAUUUAUCAGAAUGCAUUGAUAUAUUGAAUAUAAAUAGUAUACAGAAUAUAUAUGUAGAGAAAAUGGGUCAUAUUGAAAAUAUUGAAUUAUUCGUAGAUCCAUCAGAAUUUUUUGUAUUUUUUAAUAUUUCAUAUAAACUCAUUACUAAUGAGAGAAAAAAAAAAAUAGAAGUUAAUAAAAGUCUUCUGUUUGUUUUAGAAAUAUUCAAUAAGAAAAGGUUAGAUUUUAAAAUACAUCCCAAAUUUUUUCAUAUCCCGAAUAAAUCAAUACUUCCCUUGUGUUCUAUAAGACUAUUACAAAUAAAUGACGCAAUGAAAUUUACAAAAGUGUUGAAUGUAUCGGUAUCAUCAUCUUCUUUAAAUAUAAUUAAUCUAUUUAUGUUUUCCAUCAUAUUUAAUUCUUCAAAAAACAAUGUGAGCGUGCAAUCGUUUUCGGCUCCAAUACCUUUGUUAAUGGGAGAUGUGUGUGGUACGGAGAAGGACGGUGAUGAGAUGGCACAUGGUAAUGUUCUCCUUGCUGAAAAUAAGAAUGAUGUAGAUGAUGAUAAUGAUGGUGAUAAUGACGAUAAUGAAGAUAAUAAUGAUGAUAAUAAUGAUGAUAAUAAUGAUGAUGAUAAUAAUGAUGAUAAUAAUGAUGAUAAUGAUGAUGAUAAUAAUGAUGAUAAUAAUGAUGAUAAUAAUGAUGAUAAUAAUGAUGAUAAUAAUGAUGAUAAUAAUGAUGAUAAAAAUGAUGAUGGUAAUAAUGUGAGUACCUAUCAUAAAGACCAUUGUGCUAAGAGUACCCUCGGGGAUGAAAAAUAUACCUUUGAUGAAUGUACAAGUAUAAACAAAGAAAUUGAUGAUAUAAAUCAUCAUUACAAUUUUGUAAAGAAAAAUUCAUUGAGUGAACCUUAUGAAAGUAUUGUAAAUAUUUUGAAAUAUAAACAAAGUGAAGAUAUGGAAAAAAUACCUAACAUGAAUAAUAAUGUGAAAGAUAAUGCGUAUGAUAAUGUGAAUGAUAAUGCGAAUGAUAAUGUGAAUAAUGUUCAUGUUAAUAAUAUUGCUCAUAUGAAUAUGAACACUUUUAAUAGUGAGAACCCCCAAUCCAUGGAACAUAUAAAUAAUUAUAAUAUGCCAUCAGAAGAUAUAAAUGAAAAUGGAGGUUUUGAAUAUUUAAAGAAAUAUAUAAAUAAUGAAGAAAACAAUUUAAUUAUGAGAAAUAAAUUAAAAGAAUUGUUACAUAAGAGGAAUGAGUAUUAUUUAGGGAAUAUGAAAAAUGAUGAUUAUGUAUCUGUUUCAACAUUAGGAAUAUCUAAUGAUGUGGAUAUAUUAACUAACCAAAAUAGUGAUAAAAUUAAUUAUAAAUAUGAUAUGAAUGAAUGUAAUAAAUCCUUAGAUCAUACAUCUUCUGUUGAAAAAAAAAAAAAAAAAAAUAUAAAUUGUGAUGAUAUAUAUGGUAAUAUAAAUAAAGAUAAUUUGUUGAGCUUUUCUAUGGGUGAAAUAAAAACUAGUGGGUUAUCAUUUGAUAAGGUUUUAUUUAGUCAUGAUAUAAAGAACAAGGAAGAAAAAGAAAAUAUUUAUAUGAAUGAUAAUAAUAUAUUGAACAAGAUGAAUAGAAAUAAUAUUAUGAGGAACAUAAAGGAUAAUAAUCAAAAUGACGAGGAACAAAAUUGUUUUACAGCAAAUAUGGGAACCUCAAAUGGUAAUGUGAAUGGUAGUAUGAAUGAUAAUAUAAAUGGUAAUAUAAAUGAUAAUAUAAACAAUAAUAUGAGUAAUAAUAGCAUUAGUGGGGUGAGUUCAGAAUUUUGGGAAAAAUUCAAUGAACAAUAUCCUAUAUGUGUAAAAAAGAGAAGCAGCAAAAUGAGACCCUUUAACGAUACCAAAGAUAUUGUUGACUUAAUAUUUUCUAGCAGUACAAAUGGUAAGGUUAAAGAGGAAGAGGAAAAAAUAGGAGAUGAAGAAAUGAAAAGUUGUCAGGUAAUAAAAAAUGUGGAGGAGGAAAAAGUAAGAGAUGAGGAAAUGAAAAGUUGUGAGGUAAUAAAAAAUGUGGAGGAGGAAAAAAUAAGAGAUGAGGAAAUGAAAAGUUGUAAGGUAAUAAAAAAUGUGGAGGAGGAAAAAAUAACAAGUUUUGAGGUAAACAAUGUGGAAGAGGAAGAUAUAAGAAAAAACCUUGAUCAUAAUAAAAAAAUAGAUAUCAUUAUGUCGAAUCAUGAAGAUACGUUAAAGAAAUAUAUGGAUUGUGAAGAAGAAGAUGUUGAAGAAGAGAACAAAUAUAAUGAUGAUAAUAUGUGUAACAAGAAUGUUUCUAUUUUAAGCUCAUUAGAAAAUGAGAAAUUGCUGGAAGGAAAAAAAAAGGAAAGUUUUAUUACAAACAUAUUAUUAAAUAAUAAAUAUGAUAAAAAUAAUUUGGGUGAUUUAAAAUAUACGAAUUACAAUGUUCAUAAUAUUCUUCAAAAUAAUCAUAUGUUGAGAAAUGGGGAAGGCAAUAAAAUUUUCCAUCAUGUAAGUGAACUAGAAGGAGAAGAACAUGUACAAAAUAAAGAUGAUCUUGUAAUAAAAACAAGUAUAAAUAUGGAUGAUACACAUAUGAAUAUUAAAAAAGAUGAAACAUUUGGGAAGAAAGAAAAAAAUUUAAAUUCAUUUUUACAAAAAUUAGGCUUCUUUAAAAAUUCAUAUCCUGUAACGGUAGACACCCUAUCGAACAACAGUGAUUUUAUUAAAAAUGAGAUACAUAAGGAUACAUCUUCAAUAAAAAAAUGUUCUGAUAUGGUAGAUGAGGAUACUACAUCUCAUUUGUUAUUAUUUAACAGGAUGAGUGAAAAAUGUAUGUGUGAUAAAGAAAUGGAGAAUGAAAAUGUGUAUGGAUUUUUGCAUAAUAAUGGUAUUGUGUAUAAUAAUAAGGUGGAUGGGAACAAGCAUGUGGUGGAUAAUAACAAUAAUAUGGUGGAUAAUAACAAUAAUAUGGUGGAUAAUAACAAUAAUAUGGUGGAUAAUAACAAUAAUAUGGUGAAUGAGAACAAUAAUAUGGUGAAUGAGAACAAUAAUAUGGUGAAUGAGAACAAUAAUAUACGUAGCGAAGAUGAAAUAAAAAAUAAGGAUAACAUAUUAGAUCAUGGUGAUGAUAAGAGAGAGGAUGAUAUCGAUUUACAUGAUAGAGAGGGCUCGUUAAAUAAAAAGGACAUCUUUGAAAAAGUAUAUAGAAAUAUAAAUAGAAAAGUAUCAGAAAUAAUAUUUGAAGAGUUGAGAAAUAUAAAUUGUGUAGAAAAGAACGAAAUAAGAAAUGAAAAAAGUUAUACAAAAAGUAAAGGAUUAAUAAAUAUUGAUAAAUAUAAUAAAGAAAGAGAAAAUUAUGAUAUGAAUACAUGUAUAUUUAAUGAACAUGAUAAAAGAUUGAUUGAAUAUAGCUGUUAUCGUAAUAGUAUUGAAUUAAAGAAAGAAGUAAAUAAAUAUCAUAAGAAAAUAAAUGAACUGAAUGAGGAAAUUAUAUAUAUGAAGAAUAUGCAACAGAAUUUAAAUAUAAAUAUGAUAAGUAUAAAUAAUAAUAUAAAUAAAAUAUAUGAAAUAAUAAAGAGUACUAAUGAUGUAAAAACCGAAAAAGAAAAUAUUUUGAAUGUGUGUGUAGGUAGUACAAAUAAUAUGGAUAAAAUAAAAGAUGAUUUCAAUAAUAUACAUGGAAUUAAAUUAGAUAAAUUAGGAAAUGAAAUAAUUAAUAUAAAAAAAUAUAUGAAUAAUAGUAUAAAUAAACUUAAUGACAAUUUGCUAAUUAUGUGUGAUGAGUUAAAAAUAUAUGGAGAUAAAAGUAUAAAGAGUGGUAAUGAAAGUUUAAAAAAAAUCCUUUUCCAAGAUAUAUGUAAUAAAUUAGAAGAAUAUAAAAAACAAAAGGAUUUACCAACUAAUCAUAGCAAUAAUGAUAAUAAUAAUAAUAAUAAUUAUAAUAUCUUAAAUUAUAAUAAAGAAGUUAUGGAUAUAUUUAAUAAAAAUCAUCAUAAUGCUCUCAAAAAAAUAAUGCCUUCUCUUAUAUCAUCUGAAAUACAAAUACAAUUUUCUAAAAGUGUUGUCCCUGGUAUGAGAGAAGCAUAUAAUACAGGAUUCCAAUCGAUAAAAGAAUCUUUUAAUUCAUUGAUAUCAGAUAAUAAAAAUUGGCUAGCUAAGGAAUUAUAUACUUUAGAAAAAAGUAUAUAUGAAAAAUGUGAACAAUAUAAUAAUGAUAUGUUAUUAGCUUUAAAUAAUAAGAUUGAAUUAUUACAAAAUGAUUUAAAAUUAGUAAUUUAUAAUAUAAAUGAAAAAAUGAACACUAUAUGUGAAGAAAUGAAUAAGGUUCCUAAGGAAUUAAAUGAUUGUAAUUCUUACCAGCAUAAAAGUAUAAUGGAUGAAAAAGAAACUAUGGAUAAUGAAAUUAACCUAAAUAGUGUAAAUAAUAAUAAUAAUAAUAAUAAUCAGAUGAUGAUCGUUGAAUAUAAUCAACAAGAUCCUUAUCAGGAACAUAUGCAUUCAUCUAGUACAAAUAGCAAUUAUCAAGUCAAUAAAAAUAAUGUUGUUAAAUCAAAAGUAGCCCUUACAAAUAUGAAACGUGUUAAAGAACCUUAUGCCCACUCAGGUAGUUUUGUAAAUUCGAAGGUAAACCAUAUGAACAUGAAUCAUGCUGUUACUAAUGUUAAUGAAAAGGGCAUUAUGUCUAAGGGUGUAAAAUCUUUAAGUGUUAUUCCGAAAGGUGUUGUUAGUUCAAAUAAGGGUGUCCAUGUGGUCCAUAUGAAUAAUGAAAUUAUAAAUAAUAAUAUGAAUGGUAAUGUGAAUAACAUUUUGAAUAAUCACAUGAAUGGUAAUAUGAAUAACAUUUUGAAUAAUCACAUGAAUGGUAAUAUGAAUAACAUUUUGAAUAAUCACAUGAAUGGUCGUGUGAGUACGAAUAUAAAUACAUAUAAUCAUAGUAAUAAUGUGAAUCCUCCCAAUACAAACGACCCAUCGGCAGAUAUUAUAAUAAAAGGAAAAAUUAAUCAUUUAUUAAGUGAACAAGAGUAUGAUCAAGCUUUUACAUUAGCAUUAUCUGUGGAUAUAGAAAAAAAUACAAACGCAUUUUGGAUACUACAAUUAUGUUGUAGAUAUCAUAGCAAUUUAUUAUCAGAAGAUCGUUUACCUAUAAGUCAGCCCGUAUUAUUAGGUAUAUGUAAAAUAUUAUGUGAGUCUUUAUUAAGAUCUAGCGAUUUAACUAUAGAAACAGUAGAUUUCCGAAUUAAGUGGAUAAGAGAAUGUUUAGAACAAUUAGAUAUACAUCAUCCUGAUUUUCUUAAAACUAAUGCAUCUGUGUUUAUACAAAAUAUGUUUAAUAACAUUUCUAACUUUUUAUAUGAUAUUGAAAAUUGUAUAAGAAAAAUGAAUGAAAAUAAUGAUAAUAUAAGGUCAAAAAAUAAAUUAAUGUUGCAUACUGAUAUAUUAAAUAAUGAGAGUAAUAUAUUAGCCUUUAAUGAAUUAGAUAAUCAAAAUAAAAAAUAUUCAAAAUAUAUCAAUAUACCAAAUUAUCACCCAUAUAAUAAAAACAUGCUUCUUAUCUUACAAGACAAGUUGGUACAGAUAAGCAAACUACUAAAGAGAAUAAUGAAUAGUUCGAAUAAGAAUAGUUCUGUGCAAUAA